GUUAUCCAUUCAUUGAUGGAUGAAUUGAAGAUGAGAGAGACUUCCUGUUUUGUGAUGCAAGUUGCCGCCUUCCAAAACCCAACACAAGUUUAUCCAAACUACUUUCUCCAUAGAAAACUGCCAAGUUGUUGCUUGACAAACUGUAGAACACCCACAAAUGGUUGUUGGUUUCGUGGCAAGUCACUUGUCAGGCUACCUCAAGGACAAUGGGUUCCCUGUCUUUCACCUUUUCGGAAACCAUUAGACCAUUCGUUUACAUUCUUAUGGAGAGCAUCUCAUAAAACUACUUUCUCUAACAAGGACGACGACGAAGACAACUCCAACAAUGACCAAAAGAAUAAUAAUAAUCAGGGUGGGGGAUUUCCUUUUUCUAUCUUUGGUAAUUGGUCACCCUUUCGUUCUUCCCUUUCAGGAGGAGACAAGGAAGACAACUCAAGAAAAAGUCAAGAAGGAUUUCCUUUACCAGGGUUGGGAAGAAAUGCUUCGUUAUCUACCGAAAAUUUGGAUAUUUCAUCAGCGUUGACAGCUUAUGACAAGGAGAAACAGAAUGAAUUGCUCGAGUUCAUUCAACAGGUACCACCUAGUGAGUUGGUUGCUAGGUUUAUGAGAAAAACACCAAAAGACGUACAAAAUGCUAUUAAACUGAAUUUGGUUCAAUUGUUGGGUUCUUUGCCUCCAGGUUUAUUUCAAACGAGUAUUCGUACUGUUGGUAUGCAAUUGAUGCAACUUAUGGAGUCUUGUUUGAUGACAGGAUAUAUGUUACGAAAUGCUCAAUAUCGUUAUAGUCUUACUAAAAGUUUGGAGACUGUGGAUGAUAAGCGACAUUUGUUGGAAGGACAAAAGCCGUCGGUACAAGGCAAAGUGACCUUUCAAAAUGUGGAUGGAAGCACUACAGAAAUGGAUGCUUCGGAGUACGUACAAGAGUUACGAUCUCAAGUUAUUCUGUUGGAGAAGGAAUUAACAAAAUAUAAGAAUGCAUCGGGUAGUCAAUUGUUGAGUUAUAUUCGAACUAUGGAACAAGACCAAUUGGAGUCUUUGACUAGAGAUAUGGGAGAUGAAGUAAUAGAUGCUAUGAAACGAAUCAUCCGUGCAGUCACUAUGCAAACAUCGAUUGCACAGAAUCCCAUGUCUGUUGUAGAGACAAGUACAAGUGAACUUUCUCAAAUGCUAUUUUGGUUACUGGUUACUGGGUACUUUUUGAGAGAAGCAGAAGUACAACAAAAUAUUCAAAAGAUGUUGAGCAAUUAGUUUAUCCUUUGGGUCCUUAAUGAGAAAAAUAACACAUUCGUCCUUGUUGAUAUGUAAAAAUGAUGGGAUGUUCUUCCACCCCAGAUGAGGAUAAUAUGCCUUUUUUGCAUUGUUUUUCUAUCAUUUUUUUGAUCGAUCCAC